AUGUGCUGGUGGAACCUUCUGUUCGUUGCAGUAGUGGUGAACCACCACGUGGUUCUCACAGAGGGUAGCUCUAACGACACCACAACAGAAGAGCCGUCUACAACGACGGAAGAGCCGUCUACAACGACAGAAGAGCCGACUACAACUGAAUCAACCACUAUCGCAUCUACGGUUGCUCCCUCCCCCGACAAUCGCAUAUGUCCGCAGAACACUGGAAUGGUUGACGCUACAAGGGUAAAGGCAAAAACUGCACACAAUUACCGCAGGUAA